AUGAAAAUUCGUAUCCGGCCGGUCGGCCGGUUUAUCGAAUUUAUCAUAACUAUUGUCAUGAUAAAUGAAGAAAGUGACGACAGCAGUAGUGAUGAAAGUAUGAGUACGCCAAAAGGACCAACAUCUGCUGAAGCAUUUGCUGCAUUUGAAACUGGUCUUGAGUGGUUUGAAAAACAGGCCGAAUGUUGUACAGCACAAUUACUUCUCCUUAAACGUUUGCGAGACUUGGCUGCAGAAAAGCGCGUUGCAGCUCAUCGCCUAAUUAAAAUUGAUAAUUUUAUCAAAAAAUAA